AAAGUGCUCUUUAUUGUGCGUUAUUUGUUCUCGUCAGUCGUUUCGCUAACAUUGGUGCGAUAUAUAUUUGUAUCCGCAUCACGACGUAUAGGGUACCUUGUACACCCACAAUCGGAUUCAUCUCCGGCCAUUUGUCCAACGACUUUCCGUACCGUAAAUGGAACACUAUCAGUCCAGCCAGGAGACGAAACGUCGACGCGCAGACGAAGGCGGCGGCGAAGUGGCUACCAAAUUAGACGAAGAUGAUGAAGUGAAGAUCAGAAUGAAAGUGGAACACAACGACGAGAUGAAUAAUCACAUAAAAGAGGAAGAGGAUAGUGAAGCGAAAGAAGACUACCAAGACUACCAAGACGUGAAGGACGAGGAAGCGGAUGAAGAUAUUAACAAAUGGGAAGAUGAAGAUGAUGACAUCAGCUCUGAUGUUGAGGAAGACCCACAAGGCCAAAUUGGACAAGCUGUCUUCGUCAGGGUAAAUGAUGAAGCCCACGGUCAGAAAACGUUCGCGGUCAGUCGUCACAUCAUAUGGAAGCGCUCGGCCCCAUUUCGUAAAAUCCUUGCGCGCAGGAUGAUCAACCCUGUGACCUCGUUCUGCGUAAUAACAUCACACAAAACGUUUUCUCGUUUCCGAACUUGGUUGCACGAAGGCGGCACAGAUCUAUACAGAGAUCAUAACGGCCCAGAAGGCAAUAUUGAUCUCAUCAAGCUCUACUGCUUCGCUUUCGAUUACACCAUUCCGCAGCUUCGCCGGGAUGCUAUGAACUGCAUUCUGCAGAGAUUCGAAGACGCCAAAGUCCCAAGCGAGGAAGAGUUAUUGUAUUUCAUCCAAAAGCCCAAGCCGUUAUUUGAACGUAAGAAUCCAUGUUAUUAUCUGGAUCCGCUUUGGUGUAACGAUGCGCUCUGGUAUAAGGAUCCGCUUUGGUAUUUCAUGCUUCACAUGGCAUUAUACUUCAUGGACGAGCUUUCUUUCGAGGCUUGGGAAAAGCUCACGAAGCACGAUCAGACGUUCGCUCACAUGUUGUAUACCCAAUUUCGAAAACGCUCCGAGGGACCUUUCUUGGAGGGUCCAGUAUCCACUCCACAGGAUCUAGAGUGGGUCAUCGCGAAGGAGGCAGAGCAUGCGAGGACACACGUCCUAGCACACUGGUGUCACUGGCAUGCUGUUUUGUGCGAGCAGAAUUGCGACAGAGAGACUGAGGCUCAAAGAAAGGCUUGGAAGGUGAAAGAAGGAAAGCUGAAGGAGGAAGAUGUGAAGGAAGAAGAGUCGCAAUAG